ACUUCCAAGCUACCAAACUAACAACAUCCUCUGAGUGAGUUCAUCUACAGGAGAGAAAAGUGGAAAACUACAACACUGCUGCUUCAACCUGCUGACGCUCCACACACUGAAGCUUCACUCAGAGACGAAAUGGCUUCCAGAUUAGAGGAGGAUCUCUGCUGUCCGGUCUGUCGUGACGUCUUUAGAGAUCCUGUUGUUCUGUCAUGUAGCCAAAGUUUCUGUAAAGACUGCCUGAAGAGCUCUUGGAGAGAGAAACCAACACGUGAGUGUCCACUUUGUAAAACAAUAUCUUCAACAUCAAAACCACCUUUAAACCGGGCGUUAAAGAACCUGUGUGAGACCUUUUUACCGGAGAGAAAUCAGAGAGCUUCAGAGGCUCUCUGCAGUCUGCACUCUGAGAAACUCAAACUCUUCUGUCUGGACCAUCAGCAGCCAGUUUGUGUCGUCUGCAGAGAUUCAGAAAAACACACCAACCACAGAUUCAGACCCAUCGAUGAAGCUGCACGACAACACAAGAAGGAACUUCAGGAAACUCUGGAGACCUUAAAGGAGAAGUUAAAGGUUUUUGAACAAGUUAAAGUGAAGUCUGAUCAAACAGCAGAACACAUGAAGGUCCAGGCCCGACACACAGAGAGGCAGAUUAAGGAGCAGUUUAAGAAGCUUCACCAAUUUCUAGAAGAGGAAGAGGAGGCCAGGAUCUCUGCUCUGAGGGAGGAAGAGGAGCAGAAGAGUAAGAUGAUGAAGGAGAAGAUGGAGGCUCUGAGCAGAGAGAUAGCAGCUCUUUCAGACACAGUCAGAGCCACAGAGGAGGAGCUGAGAGCUGAAGACGUCUCAUUCCUGCACAACUACAAGGCUGCAGUGGAAAGAGUCCAGCAGCGCCCCCUGCUGGAGGAUCCACAGCUGCUCUCAGGAGCUCUGAUAGACGAGGCCAAACACCUGGGCAACCUGACCUUCAACAUCUGGAACAAGAUGAAGGAGGUGAUCUCCUACACUCCUCUGAUUCUGGAUCCAAACACUGCUCAUCCAAAACUCAUCCUGUCUGAAGAUCUGACCAGUGUGAGACGAGGAGAGGAACAGCAGCUUCCUGAUAAUCCAGAGAGGUUUGAUGAAAACAGGUCUGUCCUGGGCUCUGAGGGCUUUAACUCUGGGACUCACAGCUGGGAUGUCGAGGUUGGAGACAGUACAGGGUGGGCACUGGGUGUGUCAGCAGAGUCUGUCCAGAGGAAGGGACGCUUACAGUCUGGAUUAUGGACAGUAGGGUUCUGUAAAGGUAAAUACUUUGCACUGUCACCAUCAACUCCAGCCACUGAAAUCAGAGUCCAGAAGAAGCUCCAGAGGAUCAGAGUGAAUCUGGACUGGAACAGAGGAAAGCUGUCGUUCUCGGAUCUUGAAACUAACACACACAUACACACCUUCACACACACUUUCACUGAGAAGCUGUUUCCAAUCAUUCUCACUGUGGAUAAACUGAAUAUAUUACCACUGAAGGUGUGUGUGACAGUGGAACAGAGCAGUUAGAGAUAAAGAAGCUGAUUAUAGGCAUUAUGUUUAUUUCUUAAAAGUAAAAGUGUCUGAAUUUAACCCCUUAAGCUGCACCUGUCCUCCUGCUGUCUCAUUACUCCAAAGAUAUGUUUAUUUUUGUUUCACUUACUAUGUUUAUAAAUUAUUAUUUUCUGUUUUCUGUUAUUUAGGUUAACAUCUGCUUUUUGUUUAUAUUGUUACCUUUUCACAAACUUAUUUCACUUAUUAUUUCUGAUCUU